UUUUAUUGGAGAAGCAGUUGUCUAUGACGUUGGAAAGCCUAGUCUUGAAUUUCUUAUGAGGAAUAGUUGUUUAAAGUGUUGAAUGUGAAAAGUUUCGUUAUCGUCAAUUUGAGAAAGGAGAGAGAGACAGAGAGAGAGAGAGACUGUCCUACUUCGAUGUACAAUAUCAUUUCACAGAAGGAAAGAAAAUUGAUCAGUGAUGUAAUGAUCAGUGUGGAAGCUUACUAGAUAACUAUCAGUGUUCAAUCUCAUAAAUGCUAUAAAGAGAACAAUGUUGAGAAUAGGACCUACAGGGACAGCCCGAAACCCCAGGUGCCAAGGAAGAGUGCCACGAAAAUAAAUACAUGUACGAAAGCGAAAGUAGAAUAUUGAGACGUUGAGUGCAUGAGACUGGAAGUUCGUGAAUUAAAGGUCGAUUGAAGAUUUUGACAAAUGAUGGAGAGAAUAGAUUUUCUACAUGGUGUGGUAUUGCUAGCAGUUAUCCUCUUGUCUCCAUUUGUUCUCUCUCUCUAUGGAUAUUUAGAUGAACCUACCUACGUUCCGAUCUCUCGUGCGAAUUCUUUCUAUGGAGAAUCAACAGAACCCAUCCGUCAUUUUAGACAAUACAGACUGUUUUUAAAUGCUGUUUAUUUUGUUUUGUACAGUAUAGUAGCUUGUCUAGCGUUGGAACCUAUAUUCAGGAGAGUCUCAAGGCGUCAGACACUGUAUUAUCGACCUUACUACAUUUACCAUAGUAUGGUUUGCCUAAUUCCUGUUGUUAUAAGAUACGUAAAUAUGAAUGCUGGGAUAUCAGAUGACAUUAUGCUACAAAUUCAAUGGGAAAACCUUUUUUUUACUAUAUCUUCGGUGUUCCGCUUUAUUUUUUCUUUUUGUAUGGCCAUAUUUCAAAGAUACAAGAAAUGGAGGUUGCUUUUGUACCUACUUAUUACAGCUUUUCUUGCAUUUCUUUUUUCUUACGUAUUUUGCGUACUAUGCUCAACUGUGGUAGAAUUAAUAAGCGUAAUCAGGAAAAGCAAAGGAGAAUUUUUGACAAGUUGGUCUUACUUCGACUAUGAACAAGUGCCCGAUGAAUUAAAUGUUAGCAAAGUGAACACAAUUCAUAGAUAUUAUACUCUGGAUCAGGAUCAGUUCCUUAAAACAUGGGAAGAAAAACUGCAGUCACCAGACAAACAUGGAACAUUAUUUCCUUAUCAUCGUAAGGUGUAUGUUAAUAGUAUUGGAGAAAGUGUCAGGUUAUCGUGUAGUGCCGUCGUUAGUAAUUGUGACUCAUCAAGUAUUAAAGUUGUAUGGAAAUUUAACGAACAACAUUCAGUGAGUAACCAAAGCAAAAUCAAGACGGAGUUUGAGAAGAUGCGAAACGGAUUGGAGUAUGUAAGCAGCAACUUGACUAUUGAUGCUAUCAAAAACUCUGAUUUUGGGAAUUAUAGUUGUUUCUUUUGUGAUUAUUCAAAGGCAGUGACACUCGCACACUUUCACAGAUAUGCUUCUGAAUACCUAAUUGGGCAAUACAGUGUACAGAAAAACAACGGCAAUACCUUCUAUAUAUAUGCAACACCAGGUAGCGCUGUUCAUCUGACAUGGAAGCCGAUGUUGUUUUACAGUGAAAGCAGUGACUUGGUACAGUACUAUUACAUAAAUGAUGGUCUUUACUCAAAACAAGACAAUGGAACAAAAUGGAGAUGCUCAGCAUUGUCAUAUCUCUAUAUUCUAUAUGGGAUAGCGAUGGAAUGGUUUUUUCUUCCUGAAUUGACACCAUCCUCCUCAGACUUUUUUGUGAAUACAUUUGGUUCUUAUCAAUCAUUCUUUAUCGAGUGUGCUGGGCCCAGUGUGUUUGGAGUUCACAGUAUUGAAUAUUUCCGUCGAAUGUACGACGAAAAGACCAAAUCAUUUGUAUUAAUUGAAGUAAAACAUCCAAACACAUUGAUUGUUCUUCCUGAUCUUCCUUACUUCCUAAAAAUGGACAACGUAACAAAGACUAAAAAGAAGUUGAUGAUACAAAAACUGCAGCAGUCAGAUUUGGAAUAUACUUGGUUUGAAAAUACUCAUAUAUGUGUACUAGUGGCACGCGUUUUUGUCGAACUAGUUUUUGUAAUUCUCAUAAUUCUCAUUUUAAUAUUUUGUGUGUGUAAAGUUUGGAAAUUAUACUUGCUUGCUGUACAACAGCCAAUCAGAAAUGUGUGCUUGGGAAGAUUGGCUUGGAAGACUUCAGAUCCGUGCAUGGAACUGGGAUGUAAUAAAUCAUAUACAUGUUACAUACUCUGUAGCAAUGACGAUAGGGAGUCUGUCUACAGCAGCCUAGUUCUUCCACUAAGGACGGGAAAUAUCACAACAGGGUUUAAUUUUGAGGAGUGUGAUAUAAAUCGAAGUGGAAAGUCUGAAUUCGACAUACACUGUGACAUACUUAAACAAUGUGACCAUCUGAUAUUUUUUAUAACAUCCGCGUAUUUGGAAGAGGAGGCGUUUGUCGGAAUUCAACUAGAUACUGUUCUCAAGUGUAUUCAGAUGAAAAUCAUGCCGGCAAAUUGUGUGUUAAUUAUACGCGCAGAUUCUUCGGUUGUAGACAAAUUACGAUAUAAUCUACCCGAAGCUGUUAUUCAUGACUGGAUCACAAUCACGGAUGCUAAAACAAGACUUCGACAAAUAUUGGAGUGGAUAAAAAAAGAUAAGGCAGAGAAACAGUCUGCGAUAGCGAUAUCUACAGCAUUUUUCGGGUAAAAACUUAUUACCGUUAGUGAAUAUAUUUUCUAAACAUUUUCAUGUAAUAUCGCUUUCUGAUAUUGAAGCAAUAUGAUAUUCGAAUUAACAAGGACUCUGUAGCUGUCUUUUUGUGUGUGUGUGUCGUCUCGAAGCAUAAUGACACUUCAAGAUCUUACUUUGUCCAUUGUAUGUCCCUCUGUCAAAUCCAAAAACUUUAUAGCUGUAAGUGAUGGAUUUUUAUUAUGUAUCAUGUAUAUUACUUAUGUGAUGGAUGUUGGUUGGUUGUAUGUUGUUUAACGUCAGCUCGAGAAGUUUUAACUCAUAUGUAGACGUUACCAUUGCCGGUGAAGGGUUGCAAAAAGGCCUACGUUCGGCGCUAUGACCUUUGAGCAGAGAGGGAUCUUUAUUGUGCCACACUUGCUGUGACAUGGGGGCUUAAUUUUGCGGUCUCAAUCAAAGGACCGCCCCAUUUAGUCGUAUUUUUACGACAAGCAAGGGCUACUGAUGACCUAUUCUAUCCCGGAUCCCCACGGGACUUAUGUGAUACUCAUUUAAUGUAUACCUAAUAUAUAGUAAGAGUAAAAUUGCCAUUGCAGGCGACACAUCUG